AUGAUAAAUUCUACGAACAACAGCAGCGCAUCCCAUCAACUGCCGGGAAUCACAUCAAUUCCCUUCCACCUCAGUCUCUUGAUCUUCUCUCUAUUGGGAAUCAUCGGCAACACUCUCGUUCUCGUAUGGCGUUGCACACGUCGGAAAGACUCGAGACUGCAUAUCGUCUCACUACUCAUCAUCAAUCUCUCUUUCUCUGACCUCCUCUUCUGCAUUCAAUAUCUUCUGCGUGAAAUCAUGCUGGUCGGUGCCGUCUUCCACUCUAGUGAGAAGAGCAGUUACCCAUUCACCAAUACAGACUCCAGUCUCUGUAUGACGGUUGUCUUUCUCAUGUUUGCUUCGUCCAACUGUGUCGUUCUGACGGCAGUCGCCAUCGCUCUUCACACGUUGUUGUCCGUCACCGAAAGACGGUGGACGAAACCGACAGUCGUGACGGUCGUGGCUAUCGGAUGGAUGAUUUCACUUACACUGGCAGGUUUGGCUACCUCAGACUUGCAAAAUCACAUAAGAGCGUUUCGCUCGGCGGAACCAUCUGUGGAAUUUUUCUCUUUGAUUGUCAUGUACGGAUGCACCGGAGACGACCGAGCAGAGAUAUACCCAGUAAUCGUUACAGGUAUAAACUUUUUAUCCUCAAUUAUAUGCUGCUUUCUUUACGCUGCGUUCUGCAUCAAGAUGCGACGCAUACAGACUAUGUGGGGAAGCAAUACCGUAAGUGAUAAGAACAGGGAAGCUUUCAUCGAGAUGCAGAUUCGUUUCGCUUUCAUAGCGUUACUCAACUUGGCGUGCUGGUGGCCGGCAUGUCGCCUCUACUGGUACUCAUACUUUUCUGAUCGGACUGUCUUCAAAGGUAACUUCAAUCCUAAAACGCCAGAAGUGGCUUUCUUGUUUACUAUUAUUGUGAGUGCGUCCAAUCCUGUUCUUUACACGGUGUCGUGGAAAUGGGCUGUCAAGUUGCUGCGACGAAUUUGCUUUCGUGAUCGACAUUUCGUAAAUGAAGAACGGUACUAG